UGAAGCUUCAUUUUCAUCUGGUGUAAAAAUUUCGUGUAAAAAUUUUGAUGUAAUUUCAAACUUUUAUAACUCCAAGUCCAAGCACCAAUAAUUAAUUUUAGAAGACAACUUUGACUUUAUCAGCAACACGUUUUGUGCAAAAUAUAAGUUAUUUUAACCAUGGAACAGUUAACUUUUGGAUGGACCGAUUAUACCUUGUUUGGAGGUUUACUUGGUGUAAGCCUGUUAAUAGGGAUAUAUUUUGGAUUUUUUAGUAAACAAGACAGUGCCGCAGAAUAUCUAUUCGGCGGAAAAUCUAUGGCAUAUGUGCCCGUGGCAACGAGUAUUUUAGCUAGUUUAUUAUCAGGCAUAACAUUUUUGGGGAUUCCAACAGAAGUUUAUUUUCAUGGAGCUGAAUUCGUGAACACAGCUAUUCCAGCUGUAUUAAAUUCACUGAUCUCUGCUUACAUCUUCAUGCCCACUUUUUACCAUCUUCAACUUGCCAGCAGUUAUGAAUAUUUAGAACUCCGAUUUUCAAGAUUGAUUCGGCUCUUGGCUUCUGGUCUUUAUGUUGUAUCAUUAUUGUUGUACAUACCACUUGUGGUGUAUGUACCAGCACUUGCAUUCUCACAAGUAACAGGCUAUAGCAUUCAUACGAUAACACCGGUUUUUAGUAUAGUUUGCAUUACAUAUACCACAAUGGGUGGUGUUAAAGCAGUAGUAUGGACCGACACUAUUCAGUUCGUAUUUACGAUUGGAGGUUUAAUAACGGUACUGACAAUAGGUGUUAAUGCUGUUGGAGGUUUCUCUGAAGUUUGGAGGAUUAAUAAAGAAGGAAAGCGACUGGAUAUUUUUGAUCUCAAUCCUAAUCCGUUCGAGAGAAAUACAUUCUGGGGAAUGACUGUUGGAUCGCUUUUUUUAUACCUCAGCCGCAUCGCUGUGGGACAAAAGUUUAUUCAGAGAUUUUUGUCUAUUAAGGAAGAAGUUGACAUCAAGAAAGCCCUGUUUCUCAUGGCAGGAGGAUGGGUUGUUUUACAACUAUGCUGUGUACUCACUGGCCUCAUUGUCUACGCAAAGUACCACGACUGCGAUCCAUUGGCUGCAAAUUUUAUUAAACGAAGCGAUCAAACAUUACCAUUUUAUGUGAUGGACGUGGCUGGACACGUGCAUGGCUUACCGGGCGUUUUUCUUGCUGGUCUUGUCAGUUCUGCUCUUUCAACUAUGAGUGCAAGUUUAAAUUCCUUAUCUGGUAUCAUUUACGAAGAUUUUGUCGACAGAUGGAUACCAGAUUCGCCCAACAGAGAUUCAAAGGCUGCCAAUAUUAUGAAACUUAUAUCGGUAAUAAUUGGUUUCAUCACGAUCGCCAUGAUCUUCGUGAUCGAGCAUUUGGGCACUAUUUUCGAGAUGGCCAAUAGUCUCAGCAGUAUCGUGGAUGGUCCCUUAUUGGGACUUUUUAUUCUCGGCAUGCUGAUUCCUUGGGUAGGGAAAAAAGGAGCUUUAAGUGGGGCUUGUUUAGCUCUAGUCCUGAUGACCGCGUUGGUUGGUGGAAUACAGUGGAACACGAUGACAAAGCGAAUACAUUAUUCGACUUUACCAACGUCAAUUGAAAACUGCACAAUUUUACAUAAUGAAACUAUUACUCAUGAAACGACAACUCCCGCACCUCAAAAUAUCGACGACGAACCAUUUAUAUUAUUUCGUUUAUCAAUUAUGUUCCUUUCACUUACCGGGACAUCGAUUACAGUUAUAGUUGGAGUUAUUGUCAGCUGGAUCACGGGAGAAGUCGAUGUAUCAAAACUAGACCCAAAGCAUUUUGCACCAAUCGUUAGGAGAUUUCUUCCCAAACGAAAAUAUACUGAAGUACCGCUAAAAGAAUUUACUGAAGAAAAAGAAAUGAUUUGAACGAGAUCUACCGUACAAAUCCAUCACAUCUGGAGGAAUGGAGAUAGGCCUGUGUAUAGCAUUAGUAGACAAAAUCAUCAUUUUGACAAAAAAACAUUAAUGUUUACAAACAUUAAACUUUUCAAAACCACAUUGGUUUGGCAAACUAUAUCACAUUGAAUUAAUGGAAAAAGUGGAUCUUCAAUAAAGUGCAAACAGAAGAAUAAAUGUAUAUUCACUGGGGGUUCAUUUGGACAACUUGAAGCUAUAAUUUUCAAAAAAUAUUUAAAAAAUAUGUAAAUAAAGCUAAUAACUGAACAUAUUUGUCCACUUGUUCAUUUGGAAUUGCCAUUUGAAAUUAUAAAAAUCAGGAUUAUAAUCUUAUAAAUAAUAUAAUCAGAGAUCAAAAUCGAAAGCAAUAAAAAGAUAACUACUCUUGCAACUAA